AUGAAUUAUUUCGAAAAGAGAAAAGGAAAGAAUCUCAGUAACGAAAAAGCUAGAAAACCAAGUGCUAGAGUAAAAAACCCCUGUAAAAUCUGCAGUGAAACUGUUAAUAUUAAGACUGGGCUGCAAUGUAAAGGUGCAUGUAAGAAAUGGGCACAUUUUGAUUGUUUAAAAUUUUCUGCUAAGCAAGUUGACGACAUUCAAAGCGGUUUACUAAAAAUAAGCUGUCCUUGUCCAGAUUGUGAAAAUGACAGCAAGGUAAACCAGUCCCAGCACGGUAAGAACAGGGAGUUCCGUUCCAGAUACAAUGAUUGUGAUACAACAUUUUGUCCAGGAAUUCCACAACAAAAAGUUUCCUCAAAAGCAUUGUGUAAUCUUGAUGCGUUCAAUCAAACUUCUAAACCUUUACCAUAUGGAAUAACCGAAGGGACCAGUUACGAAUACUUUAUAAGAAACGAAACGAAACAAUACGAUGAUAAAAAUGUAGAAGAGGAGGACGAAUAUGAAGAACAAGUGGACGAAGAUACAGAAGAAGAGGAUGAAGAUGAAGAAAAAAGUGACAUUGAUGGACCACAAUGUAAAUUCCACACAGUAUUGUUAGCUCAAUCAUCAUCACAAUUAACAUCGACAAUCUGUUGCAACAAGUCGCGAUCGUCACCAGGUACUGAAGUGAAUGUAGCUAGUCAACAAACUACAACAAAACCAGGAGGUGGAUGCUGUAGAAGUGGAACAUGCAGUACAAGUUCAAGCUCAUCAGGAAAGAAAACAAGUUCACCAAAGGGAAAAGAUAAGAAGGGAAAAGAAAAGAAUCCAAAAGAAAAGAAGCCAAAAGAAAAGAAGCCAAAAGAAAAGAAAGGAAAAGAAGAAAAGAAAACAGCGAACAAGGGCAAAACAGACAAUUUGUCUCCUUGUUGUCGAAGUCUUGCAACCUGUUGUAAAUCAGAUAAUGUGUCUCUAGGGUCAAAGCAAUCAGCCGAGUCAUCGAAUACAUCUACAUCAUCGACAAAGUCGUCAAAGUCAACAAGAUCAACGCAAGCGCCAUGUGGCCAAGCCAUGCAGUUUUGCCCGGGAAUGGAAGCCAGUAGCCCUACGAAACUUAUGAAGUCAGAAGGUGUAUAUUCUGGUAACAGACAACAACCAGGAGAUGACCGCUAUAACUCACCAAGAGCACAUAUGCCAACGCAACGUUUACCUUUAUCACCAAAUCCAUAUUGUCCACCAAUGCCACGUAGUACGCCUCAGCAACAACAAACACAGUACCCGAUACCGCCACCGUAUGGUACGUUGUUGACAACUUGUCGUCCAGGAUGCCAAGGCAUGAAACCAGCAUCAAGAGGCCCGCCUAAUUAUCCUGAACCAGGAAGUGAACGAGGUCAACUUAAGGUAGUGCAGAAUAAAGAUUUUUCGUCAAAAGGUUUCGGACAAGGUGGCUUAUGCUUACCAGAAUGCUGUGACCCUAACAGAGCAAGGACUGUUGCAAUAUCUAAUAUUAGUUCAACACAACUGUUGAGUUUAUCGCCAUCAAAUAGGUCUAAAUCUUUCUGUACCCUUGACACAUCGAACAAGAAAGAAGGAACAAACAUUUCUACGGAGAUAAGUGCACAUACGGUAAAGAUAAAUAAAUCAGACACGAAAAUUUGGGACCAACAACAGAUGAAUAAAUAUAACCGCAAAAUGUUACUUUUAGCAUUAGAACGUAUGUGUCAAACGAUGGGACAAUUUUCUGUGCAAUUUAGAGAACUUACGAACAAGAUGACUGAGAAAAUGGAUACCAAAAGAUAAGAAGAAUUUACUUAAGUAUAAAAGUAUUUUAUACAAAGUUUAUAUCAUCUAUUCUAAUUAUGUCCUGAUGCAAAAACAUUGGUGUCAUAAUAUGUUAAUGCGAAAUUAUGUGUAUCGUAUAGCUACCUAACGGUUAAUCCGGUAUCGGUGCAGGUGUAAAUUGUUUCCCAUAGAUUUGUCAUACAAUUUUGUGCACGCCACAUGCAUAAGGCCGAUGCAAUGCGAAUAGACUCCAAUAUCCUUAAUUUUUACGGAAAUGUUACUAUGAGGCAAUUUUCUAUUUGUUAUAAAUCUAAAAUAGAGUCGAUUUAUAAUAAAUACCUUGUUGCAACUGAAUGCUAGAUAAUAUUUAACGAACAACAAUUUCUAUUAUAUUGUCGGCUAAAUUCGUAAACUUUGUUCCUCCAUUGAAGUGGACUUUUGGGCAAAAAAACAGAAUUACUAGAAAUAAUUAUAUGACAAUAUAGUAUUUGUACCUUUAUUUUAUAGCUAAAGAGUAUAAAAUUACAUUUUAGGCUUUAAUUGCCCGAAAUAUCAAUGCAAAAGCGC